AUGACCGACAUCAAGACCAAGGACGACAAGAGCCACCUCGUCAACGUCAGCCUCGUGUAUGCCGAGCAUGAUGAGCCCGAGAUCGCUGGCAAGGACGCCCCAGCCGUUGUGACCGACGCUGUGUUUGGCGAGAUCGACUCCAAGGGACCAAACUAUCGCAAUGUCGGUUGGAUAGGAUCCGCGAUCAUCAUGAUCAAGGCGACAAUCGGCAUCGGCGUCCUCGGCAUCCCCUUCUGCUUCCAGGUGCUGGGCAUGGUGCCCGGCAUCAUCUGUCUCAUCGCCGUCGAGGUGGUCGUCACCUGGGCCAACUGGUCUCUCGGCCAAUUCAAGCUCAAGCAUCCCGAGGUCUACUCCAUGGCCGAUGCUGCUGGCGUCAUGUUCGGCCGAACUGGAUACUGGGCCAUGUGGUUCAUGUGGACAAUCAGCAUGAUCUCCGCGUCCGGCUUUUGCAUGGUCAGUCUGUCUGUCGCGUUCAAUGCCGUGUCAGUCCAUGCGGCGUGCACGUCUGUCUUUGUCGCAGUGUCGGCUGUGGUCGCAAUCUUGUGCGCCAGCAUCCGCACGCUCGGGCACAUCACAUGGAUCGGCUGGGCAGGUGUGCUGUCCAUCAUGGUUUCCAUCCUCACACUCACCAUCGCCGUCGGCGUGCAGGAGCGGCCGGCCUUGGCCCCGCAGGAGGGUCCGUGGGACAAGAACGUCCUCGUCGUCGGUCACCCUCCUUUCGGCACCGGUGUGGUCAUGGUGUCCUCGUUCCUCCUGUCCGUGGCGGCCACGCCGACCUUCCUGGGCAUCCUCUGCGAGAUGCGCGACCACAGGAUGUACAACCGCGCAAUGUACAUCUCGCAGGCGUCAACGUCCAUCGUCUACAUCGACAUCGGGUCAGUCGUGUACCACUUUUGUGGGCAGUACGUCUCAUCGCCGGCCCUCGGGUCCGCAGGGCCACUCCUGAAGCGCAUCUGCUACGGCCUCGCGAUCCCAGGCCUCGUGGCCACCGUGACAAUCUACCUGCACGUGGUCGCCAAGAUGGUUUUUGUGCUCCUCCUCCGGGGCUCGAAACUCCUCACCUCCAACUCGGCUGUCCACUGGGGCAUCUGGCUCAGCUGCACCACCGGCUGCGGGCUCAUCGGGUUCAUCCUUGCCCAGUCGAUCCCCGUCUUCCCGCAGUACAUGGGCCUCAACGGGUCGUUCUUCCCCCCGUGGACGUCGCUCAUCCCCUGCGCGUGCAUGUGGCUCCACGACAACUGGCGGGGCAAGCCGCGUGAGAGGACCCUCGGUGUCAAGCUCCACGCGACGUUUGCAGUCGUUGUGCUGCUGUGCGGCCUCUUCCUCUGCGGUGCGGGGACCUAUGGGGCCAUCAACGACAUUGUAGCGAGUAGCAAGGGGCAGGCGUGGAGCUGCAAGGACAACUCUGGGUCAGUCUCGGACUAG